GAUUUUUAAUGCAUCCGUAAUGCGUCAUCUGUCUUUGUUUUUAUGCAGUUUUGUUCGUUUAUUUAAAAAAUGACGGGUUAGGCUCAUACUUGAACGUGACUGGAGUGACGGUAUAACGGAUAGGGUAUAUAGGUUAUAUAUGUAUAGAUUAGGUAUACAAGGUGGUGACAAUUUCGAUGCUCAACAUUGGCAUCUCAGAAACUGCGAGAGAUAGGAAAUCGGUUAAAUGGGGACAAAAGUUGCGUAAUCAGAAGUUAAAUGACAAUAUCUUCAAAACUAUUGUAUCUAUUGUAACGUAAGUUGGUAGUUUUAUAUUUUUGUUUAAAUGACAAUAUUUUCAAAACUAUUAUAUCUAUUGUAACAUAAGUUGGUAGUUUUAUAUUUUUGGCCUUGGCCAAUUAAAUGCAGUUUUCAGAAAAUUUCUAAGCCCUCUAGAUUUCACACUACAACCACAAAUUACCUAUUACAGAUGCGAAAGAAAGCGACUGCAUCGGAAACCGCUCGGCAAACCCGACACGCCUAUUGAGUGGUGUAAAUACACCAGUCGUUCAGUCCGGAAGCCCUUGCUGUGUCGUAUUAGUUUGCUGAAGCUCGUUGGUGUGACAUAGUGCGUGGUUAUAUGUUUGUUUUUAAAAACGCGUGUAGGAUUUUUGUUGAACUUUCGAACUGUUAUUUCUAAGUUUUGGUAAUUUGUAUAUCUUAUUUAAAAUGGGAUACAAAUGUGUUUAUUUAUACUGUUCUACAAAAACCGGAGGAGGAAAAUCACUUUUUAGGUUCCCAGAGGAUAAGUUAAGAGCAAAGGCCUGGCUUAAGGCUGCCGGAAGAGAAGAUCUUCAGGAAAAAAAUUUAAAAAAUUAUAAAUUGUGCGAAGAUCACUUUGAAACCAAAUUUAUUUCGGUCUCGUCAUCUGGUUUUAAACGUUUAUAUGAUACUGCUGUGCCGACAAGAUUUCUCAAACCAUCAUCAUCAAGAAAUGAGGAUAUUUUUGAAGAGCCCCCUGAAAAGAUUACAAUUUUGUCAGAUAUACCUCUGGAUGUCCUUCAACGACCUUUCGGGGUUACGCUCGAUAAAGAAUAUGUUACCAAUAUCUCCGAGGAAAUGGUAACUAGUGAAUUAAGCAUUGAUACUGGAUCCACUUGUCUCGCUGCAUCUCCUUUGAUAUCGCCGAUGUCUACUCAAACGCCAUCGACUUUGACAUCUAACACUCCUCGGAAAAGUAAAUUAAAAUGUAAGGUCCAUUUGUUAAGAAAAAAGUUAAUAUUUGCCAAAAAACAGUCCAUUACCGAAAAUAGGGAAAAAUCGUCCUUAUUAAAUUUCAAUAAGUUGUGCAACAAAUUUCUGAAUAAACCUUUAGCCGAAAUCGUUAAAUUACAAGCACUUCUUAAAAAUAAAGUUGCUAAAGCAAGAAGGUAUAAUGAAGAAUAUAAGAAAUUUGCCCUUACAUUGUACUUUUUACGUCCAAAAACAUAUAAAUUUUUAGAGAAACUUUUAAUUUUACCAACGAAACGCAGCUUAGAACUAAUGACUCAAAAUUUUAUUUGCAAACCAGGUUUAGGUAAUGAUCAUAUUUUCAACUCUCUGAGUCUUAAAGUUAAAACUAUGUCGGAGUUAGACAAACAUUGCAAUAUAUGCAUAGAUGAAACCUAUCUUAAGUCAAAUCUAUAUUUUGACACUGGUCGAGAUCAAAUUAUUGGAUUUCAUGAUAUUGGAACUAAGGAAAGAAAAUCGUCCCUUAUAGCUCAGAACGUGGCUGUAAUUAUGGCCAGAGGUUUAUUCAAUAAUUGGAAACACAACCGAUCGCGUUUUUUUUUUAAACACCAAUCGUAAGUCAGCAGAUAUUUUAGAAAUUCUUAAGGAAUGUGUAAAUAAAUUAUCAGAUGUUGGACUAUAUGUUCAAGGUAUUGUAACUGAUAUGGGGUCAAAUUUUAUACAAAUUUCAAAAUUGUUAAAUGUCACUACUGACAAUCCAGAAUUUAAUGUUGGUGAUUAUAAACUCACAUAUUUUUUUGACACUCCUCAUCUUAUUAAGGCCACAAAAAAUUAAUCUUAUGCAAAAUGUAUUCUGUUUCGACAAUAAAAAGACAAAAUCUUGGAAGUUUAUAGAAACUUUUUAUAAUAAUGAUAAAAAGCAACAAUAUAGAUGUGCACCCAAGCUCACGGAUGCUUACAUCUAUCCAAACAACUUUCAAAAAAUGAAAGUUAAGCUUGCUACGCAAGUAAUUAGCAGAACGGUAGCCAUUGGGUUACAGACGCAUAAUAUGACUCUGGGUGUACUUCCUGCUGAAGCACAAGCCACUCUUGAGGUAGUUGAAAAAUUUGAUAAACUGUUUGAUUUACUAAAUGCAGUGGAUUUUAAUCACCCUAAUCCGUACAAAACUGUCCGUCAAAAAUGAAAUGGGUUUAUUUUUAGCAAACUUAAAAAUUUUGAAUAACAAUAAUAUAGAUAUAACUUUGAAAUGCAAGUUUCGUACGUGCUGGAUGAUCACAAUAAAGUCCAUUCAAAUUCUCUGGCAUCGACUUUCUUCUAUUGGAUUUACCUAUUUAAAAAGGAUUUACCAAACCAAAAACAUGGAGAAUUAACCAAGAUUGCUUAGAAAAUUAUUUUGGCAGCGUUAGACAGCAACAAGGUAAUUCUGUAAAUCCAACACCUAUAGAAUUCCAAAGGGCAUUUAGGAAACUAUUUUGUCAAACUUUUUUGCAUUCUUCCUUUAUGAAUUGUUUCGAUGACUUGGGUAUUUUAUUAACACAAUUAAAGUCCGUCAAAAAGUCCAGAAUUUUAUUAAAAAUGUGGCACCAUUAAAAAACAUCAGGCAAUAACUUUACCAGAUUGUGAUUAUAGGCAUGAAAGUAUAACAACUCAAAAUGCCUUUAAUUAUGUCUGUGGCUACAUCAUUAAAAAGGGUCUUCAAAUACAUCAAUGUGAUAUUUGUCUAAAAUUUGCAAAAGAAUCCGAAUCUCUGGAUAACUCGAAAUUAUUUACCCAUUUAAAAGCCUUUAAUCAUGAUAGUGGCACUUAUGGGAGUUUAAAAUCGCCAAAUGAAAAAUUUGUUCAUUUUAUUUACAGGCUGGAAAAAUUAUUUACAUUAAAUUUUGAUGAGUUUUGUACUGAAGAAAACAUUAAUCAGAGGCUGUUUGGUAUAAUGAAAACUAUAGAAUUUGA